GGAGCUGGAAGAGCUGAGAGCUCAGAUGCUGCAGCUGCUGCUGGAGCUGGAGGAGACUCGAGAGGUUUCCCAGAGACACGAGGAGAGCUUCCUCGAGCUGCAAGGUCUGUUAGAAGAAGAGCGACUGGCGAGCGCUCACCAGGCCGAGAGUUUCACCAGACAGAUCCAGAGACUGCAAGCUCAGCUGCGUUCGGUGCAGGAGGAGAUGGACAGUCUGGAGGAGGAGAAGGAGAGCGAGCUGGAGGAGGUGCAGGAGGAGCUCCGCUCGGCUCAGGAGGAGGUGCUGGUGCUGCAGCAGGCGGCUGAGGAGGCGGCGGCGGAGAGAGAGAACGACAUCGCCUCCCUGCAGGAGGAGCUGUGUCGGCUGCGGGCGGAGCUGCAGCGCCUCCACGCCACAGCGCAGGAGUACGAGCUGGAGGUGACAUCGCUGAGAGCCGAGAUCAGCAUGAAGAGCCACAACACAGACUCUCACACUCACGAGAUGAUUCAGCUGAAGGAGGAGUUCAUCUCUCUGACUGAUGAGCGUCAGUCGCUGACCGAUGACAACAAAGAACUGAGCAGAAAAGUGGAGAAACUGCAGCAGCAACGAGACGCGUGUGAUGACGUGUACCUGGCAGUCAGAGCGGAGGGCAACACUAAGCGCGUGCAGGACGAUCAGGUGAAGAACGACGCUUACAUCACUCUGUCCCAGUCUGAUCCUGAACACCUGGAGGAUGUAGACUCCUCGUCAGUCCAGGAGGACGUCGGCAGCUCAGAAGAAGUCAACGUCCUGAAGGUCCAACUGAGACAAGCUGAGGAGACGGCCCACAAGGUUCAGAGAGAGUGCGACGGUCUGAAGGGAGAGUUGGCGGACUUGCAGCAGUUGUACGACAGCAGCCAGCGGGAGCGAGCAGCACUUGAGCAGGAGCUGCAGCGCUGCAAGGCCGAGCUGCAGAAACUGGUGGGCAGGAAGUCACAGAACUGCACUCCUCCGUCCGAGCCCCCUGUUCUCUCCAUCCCCUUCAUAGGAAUGAUUGUUAUAGUGGCCUUGAUUUGGUGCUGGUGGGAGGAACUGGCAUCCUAGAGGGGACCAGCAGAGUGACACUGAAGGCUGGAACCUGGCGGUGGCGGCGGUUGCCGUGGCAGCCAUUGUAGUUCUGGUCGUGCCCAGCUUCACCCGGGCCUGAGGACUCUACACAGACAGGAAGUGACCCUCACGGUGACCCUGGGAACUCUGGGAUUGUGGGAUUGCCGUCACCCAUCCAGCGCUGCCCUCAUACAUAUUGCUGUCCUGAUGUCUGCUUGUCGCAUCGCUCCGUGUAGCCGGACGGCACCGCCAAAAACGUUUGGACCUGAACGCCACAGACGUCAGUGAGUGCUGGAGGGAAAAGCAAUAAGAUCGUUAAUUAACAAAGUCGUCCAUAAAGACUCGUAACUCUUCCUGCAGGUCGUCAUUUUUCAGUAUAACAGACGAUUUAUUGAUCGGCUCUGUGGUUUUCAAACAUCCACCGUCAUGAUCCAAAUAUCAUCAUAUAAUCAUUUAAAACUCUUUUCACCUGGAUUUUAUAUUCACAAACACGUCAGAGUUGUUGUGUUGUAGUUUCCAGUAAACAAGGUCCUGCAGUAGCGAGCACGGGACACAGACUGAUACCACGGAUAGAAAACAAAGAGAUAAAACACAAAAAGAGCUGCUGAUGUUAAAAACAAGUUGUUAAAAACAUAAAAUGCUGAAAGUACAGAAUCUUUACAUUGAAAUUUGUACUUUUAUGAUCAGAUUUUCACCAGUUUUUUUUGUGAUAUUCAUUACAUCAAAAAUUUACCAGUUUAAUAUUCAAAGAUAAUAAAAAGUAAUAACAAUUCAAAAUAAAAAUAAUGAUGUGGCCAUAGAGCAGUAUAAUAGUGAAUAUUUAUUUAAUGAAUAUAAUAGUUUAUGUAGUAGUAAUAGUUUGUGUAGCAAAGUCUAGGAACUUGGAUGCCUAAAAAAUAAAGAGUUAAUGCUGCAGCCUUAGAAUUAAAGCUGUGUCAAGUGAUUUUUCACCACUAGAUGGUGGAAAGUUGACUCCAAAACAAACUAGCUAGUUCUUCAUUAAUGUUGUGUUUGUGUCCUCCUGAUGAAUGUAAGUCCGAUAUUCACUCUCCUCUUUGCUCUGUUUUGGUCUCCACCAACUCCUGAGAAAAACAUCUGGUUCUUUGGCGUGUUAGCAUACAGUUAGCUUGUGUUAGCUUGUGAGCAAAACUGAGUGGAUCGGCAGUAUUAGCGGCUGUUUCACUUCACACUGAGACAUUUCAUUCAGUGUCAAAUAUCAGAAAUAUUGAAAUAUAUUUAUGCAGCUUUGAUUCAGACGCUGCCUCUUUGUCAGUCAAUGAAGAAGUAAUCAAUAUACUGAUCUGUGACAGUUUGUGUUUAUGAAUGAAAACCUGCAACAUAAUUCUGGCUCAUGACGGCAGCUGUUUGAGAAUCACCAGAUGAGUUUAUUGACAAAACAUGAAUUCUUUAGAGCUGCAACUAAAAGUUAGUUUUAUUCUUUAUUAUUUAUCAAUGAAAUGAUUAAUUGUUUGGUCUGUAAGACGUCAAAAUAAGGAAGCAUAACAAUGUUCAAACUGCUCACUUAGUCCGACCAAAAACCCAAAACUGAUUCAUUUAUAAAAAUAUCAGAAAUAAUA